AUUUGAAUCCAUUUUACUGUACGUAUUUUGGCUGGUGAUAAUUACUUUUCCAUCAAUGGUCAGGUUCUAGAGACUAUAUAUAUCACGAUUAUGGGAAGAGUAUCUCACAUUCUCACAUUAUGGAAGGAACUUCUCGAACACUUCCUUACACCAUAAGAUUCGUUGGUCUUCUUGGCAGUCAUUUUCUUGGUAGAAAUCCAAAGUUUAUGGCUACUGCAGUAGAUUUAGGAAGAGAAUUGAUAAGGCGAAGAAUUAGUCUUGCUUAUGGAGGAGGCAACGUUGGCCUACAAGGAGCUGUUGCUUCAACAGUCUUUACCAAUGGAGGUCUCGUUAGAGGUUUCAUUCCUGGGUACAUAGCAACACGACGGGUCUACGGACCUACAUACGGCGUAGAGCACACAGUUUCCAGCAAUUACUACAAAUAUUUUGAGAUGAAUCAUGCCGUGGAAGCUUUCAUCAUUCUUCCUGGAGGAGUUGACACUAUGGAAGGUUUGUUCACCUUGAUCUCGUGGGCUUCUGAAGGGUUACACAAUAGACCCAUUGGUCUCUUGAACAUUGACGGUUAUUUCAAUAACCUACUCAAAUUUCUAGAUGAUGCGGUGAGGCAGAACUUCAUGGCUUUGAAUCAAAGGAAACUUUUUAUUUCUUCAUUCUUUGUUGAUGAGCUUUUAGACAAACUAGAGUUUGCUAAAGCGUUCCCGGAACCGUACCGUGUGUACCCCUACGGCGCUACAAUGUCGUCGCCACCGUCCCUUGCCAUCUCUCAGGAUAACGGGACCCACUUGAACUCGUCGAAGACUGGGCACGUUUCCCUUUCUUUGCAAGAAGGCCACCGACUAUGCCGGCAAAACCUUUUUUUGAUUUCGGGGGCGGAGGUGGUGCUGUUUCUUCUUGUACAGUACCGUAUAACCCUUGAUAUUCCUUAAACAAAUCCUCAAAAAGAGUUAUAGCAUUAUCUCUUUCAUUUUUCCAUUCUACUAAAUAGCUGUAGUAAUA